AUGAUGGGCAGUAAUAGUAAUAGUGAUAAUAGUGGUAGUAGUACUUAUAGUAGUAAUAGUAGUGAUGAGAUGAUUGAACAUAUUAGGAAGAAACACAAUAGAGAUGAAGAUCAAAAAGAUAAUGCGAAGAAAAGACAAAAGGGUUCAACUGUCAGUUUGCCCCAAUUCAAUUUACAGAAGUUUUGCUAUAGACAUAAUCCAGAUAUUCAGUCACCGGAAAAUAACACGGCGUGUCAUAAACAGGAUCUGAAGAGGUUUCAGGAAGUUAAUCAAAAGAUAUCACAACUACCGGUCAAGGAACAGUCAGUGGUGCAUCAUACAAUAUCUACCUUCACCAAAUCUAAUGACAAAAUAAGAAAAUUAAUACUAGAUGGAUUGUUAACGGCCAGCUGUUUUCCGCAGCUGUCUUACAUAGCCACACAGGUUCAAAACAUGAUAAAAAUCGAUUUCAUAAGUGUGUUACCGCGGGAGGUUUCGUUGAAAAUACUUUGUUAUUUAGAUUGUCAAUCGCUGUGCAAUGCGGCAAAAGUGUGUCGCCGUUGGCAAGUGAUGGCGGAUGGUGAUAGGGUUUGGCACCAUAUGUGCCAGCAGCACAUCGAUAGGAAAUGUCCGAACUGUGGUUGGGGUUUACCGUUACUGCACAUGAAACGUGCCAGGGAGCCGCAGAGCACUUGCUGUAACAAUGGUCAGAGCACAGGAAAAAAGCCGGUAAAGACCCCCUGGAAAGUCAUUUACCGUGACAGGUUCAAGGUUGAAUCUAAUUGGAGAAGGGGACACUGCUCUAUUCAGGAGUUCAAGGGCCACAUGGAUGGAGUUUUAGCUUUACAUUUUAAUUCACGACUCCUGUUCACGGGAUCUUAUGACUCCACUGUAGCCAUAUGGGAUCUUUGCAGUGGCAGCUUAAUAAGAAGAUUAUCGGGACACACUGACGGUGUUAAGGCAUUAUAUUUCGAUGGACAAAAACUGAUCACGGGUUCAUUAGAUAAAACAAUCAGAGUGUGGAAUUACAUGACAGGUGAAUGUAUUUCUACCUAUCGAGGGCACACAGACAGUAUUCUCAGCGUUGAUUCUUACAGGAAAAUUAUCGUAUCCGGUAGUGCAGAUACGACAGUCAAAGUAUGGCAUGUCGAAUCCAGGACAUGCUACUCCCUGAGAGGUCAUACCGAGUGGGUCAACUGUGUAAAACUACAUCCAAAAAGUUUUCUUUGUUUCAGUUGUAGUGAUGACACAACGAUUCGAAUGUGGGAUAUAAGAACGAAUUCGUGUCUGCGAGUAUUCGAAGGGCACGUAGGCCAAGUGCAAAAGGUCCUGCCGCUGGUAAUAAUAGAUAUUGAAAAUUUAGUUGUGGACGAGCCUGUAGAAGACCCAGAAGCGCAGCACCAAGAUCAAGAAGUAGAACCAGCUGAUGACAUAUUGAAGGAAAAUCUACCAUAUCCCACUCAUAUUCUUUCCUGUUCCCUAGACAAUACAAUAAAACUAUGGGAUAUAAAGACAGGUAAAUGUAUAAGAACCCAAUUCGGUCACGUCGAGGGAGUAUGGGAUAUAGCUGCUGACAAUUUUCGUAUAGUAAGUGGCUCGCAUGAUGGUAAAGUGAAAGUAUGGGAUUUACAAAGCGGCAAAUGCAUACACACAUUUCAAGGUAAGUGUUUGCAGCAGAAUGAAAACCAAAGCACCGAUAAUACAAAUUGCACGUAUAAAGUCUCACCCAUAGCGUGCGUCGGAAUUGGUGACUCGGAAUUUUUUACAGGAGAUGAAAUGGGGUUCGUCAAAAGAUUCAGAUUCGAUACCGACGAAACGUAA